CAGCAAACUAAACCGUGUUACCUUCUGAAUACAUCAUUCUUUCGUUGCCUCUACCCAACUCACAAGCACAAACACAAUGGGUGGCGGUGAAAUCACAAAGCGGGGCUCCGGCUUGGUGCUCCUUGCAGUAAUACCCUUCCCCGAAGAUGCUGCCAAAGACACCAUUGCGGAGAUAAAAGAGGAGUUCCCGGACCUCGAAUACAACUACAUAUUCCAGAAGUUUGAGAUCAAGAAGAACGGCCUUCCAGGUGGGGAUGUGGACGUGCCUGCAGACCUCCUCAAGCGGGUGAACGUCCUCGUCACCCUCUCUUGGCUCCCAGCAAAGGAAUCCGCUGUCCCCAACAUCAAGUUCAUCCAGUUUAUCUCAGCCGGCACCAACCAUGUCGCUAAGCACCCCAUCUACACCGAUACCAAGAUUCCGCUGUGCAGCGCAAAUGGAGUCCACGGCCCGCAGAUCGCAGAAUGGGUUGUCAUGAUGGAUCUCAUACACAACCACAACUACAUCGACUUGUACAAGAAGCAAGAGAAGAAAGAGUGGAAGCACAACGGCGAACUAAGCUCAAAAGAUAAUGUCGGCAGGACCGUGGGCAUCCUGGGAUACGGCAGUAUUGGGAGGCAAGUUGCCCGCGUGGCGAAGGCAAUGGGCAUGAACGUCCUGGCGUACACGGCAUCCCCGCGCAAGACGCCCGAGUCGAAGCGCGACGACGGGUUCAUUGUGCCUGGGACCGGGGAUGCCGAGGGCGAGUUCCCCAGCGCGUGGUACAGCGGGUUGGACAAGGAGAGCUUGCAUGCGUUCCUGAAGCUGAAGAUUGAUUUGCUUGUGCUGGCGGUGCCGUUGACCAAACAAACAACGCACUUCCUCUCUUCUGCGGAGUUUGCCCUCUUGCACGCCUCCAACCCCUCAGGCACCUACAUCGCCAACAUCGCGCGCGGCGCCGUCAUCGACCAGCCCGCCCUCAUCGCCGCGCUCAAGUCCAACCAGAUCUCGGGCGCUGCCCUCGACGUCACGGACCCGGAGCCGCUGCCUGCCGACGACCCGCUGUGGGACGCGCCCAAUGUGCUGAUUACGCCGCAUGUCAGCGGGGUUACGCAGACGACGGGAGAGCGGUGCUUUCAGGUUGUAAGGGAGAAUCUAAGGAGGGUGAGGGAUGGGAGGGGGUUGGUUAAUCAGGUUGAUCGGGAGAGGGGGUAUUAGGGCGGUGUUGAGGGAGUGCGAAGGGAGCAGGGGACGGGUAGAUGAUAGAAUAUGGAGAGGAUGGGGUGGGAUGGGAUGGUGCGAGGAGGAUGAGGAUAGCAUAGCGAGUUUGGAAACAAACACGAUGAUGCAGGAUAGCAUAACCAGCUUAGACAUUGCUGUGGGGUGCAUUGCCGUGGGUGCUCUGUCUGUGCGAGUUGAUCAUGCUUGCGCGUAGGGGAGGUUGGAUCUCGUAGGUUAUGGGACUGGACGGCCGUCGCCACUACAUCGAGUCAAAGCAAACCUCGAGAAGCCCUAGACGGCUCCAAUG